GUAUUUAAUUUGUUACAUAUUUAAAAAGCGAAUAAAUCUUCGUGGUUCGGUUAAUAAAUAAACAGAUUGUUGUGAAAUUGAUACACGCUCAAAAGUUAGCCCGAUAUAAUUUCCAGAUCAGUGAAUUAGCGGUCAAAACACCCGUUGCUUCCACAUUGAAAUUUGAGAAUCUCUUUCCAUCCGCAAGUUUCGUGAUUCCCUGCAGAAAUAUAGAGCGCGUGGAACAGUGCACACAUAAAAUCUAGAAGUGUUCUCAACAAGUCACCUGAAUGCUACUUUUACAACGCCUUCCGAGCGGUGACCAUUUUUAUUGGCACUUCGAAUGAGAACAGCAAAAAGGAAUUGAUGCGUCGUAUUUAAAUGCCAGUUGUACCGCCGAGGAGAAUGUUUCAGACCGAAAAUGUCCGCUGAAUGUGCCCAUAAUAACAAUUGCUUUCCCGCCGUUUUUUUCUUAAAUUUAGCCGUGAAUGGAUCUUCUUUUUUGUUGGAGCCUUUUUAUUUUGACGAAUUAGCCUAGAAAUUCGGGAAGAAGAAAUGGUUUUUGUUCUAACCUACAAAAUUUUUAGUUUUGAUUAAUUUGCCUUUUCUAGCAAACGAAAACUCAUCAGUAAUCCAUAAUUAUGACUUUGUAUCACUUUGGGAAUUGCAUCGCAAUAAUUUAUAUGCCAUAUUAUUUAACUUAUAAACGAUCAGGUUUAUCCGACUACGGAGCGUUUUGGAAAUGUGUUUAUGCGGGCGUAGUCUAUAUGUUUACUCAAUUGACGCAGAUGUUGAUUUUGGCCACAUUUUUUCCAGACACUGUUUCAGAUAUGGACAAUGACUGGAUAGGAGAAUUUUUGAAAUAUUCGGUUGGUUUAACCGAUUUAGUAGGUCUGUACUAUGUCUUAAAUGGAAUUCCCACAAAAGGACAUAACAAAAUUUUAACAGCGGCAGUAGGGUGGGCCACUGCAGAGGUUAUCCUAAGCCGUGCCCUUCUUUUGUGGGUUGGAGCUAGAGGAAUUGAAUUUGACUGGAUCUAUAUACUCAAGUGUCUCGAAUCGAACAUUGCUUUGAUUCAGCAUAUCGCAACAGCGGCUCUAAUUUGGCUCUGGUCCAGGCAUGACCUAAAUAAAAGAUUAAAGCAUGUGGUGUCUUUUUUGCUGAUAUUGAGUUGUUACAAACUCCUCUUUAUAGAUUCAUUGGUGCAACAUUUCCAUAUAAGCAUUUGGAGAUCACUGUUGCUCAAAAUUUUUUACACUUUGGUUCAUGGCGUGGCUACAUUAAUAAUUUAUGUUAAUUUAGGGCAGAUCACAAAUAUUUUCUAGAUAGUAUAAUUUGUAGUAUUUAUUUAAUAGAUAUAUGUCAAUAUUAACUGAUUGUUAUUAACAAGGGAUUAAUUAAAUUAUUUCUUAAAAGUGGAA